CACUCCUUUACCACCUUCCGCUGUCUUUCGAGGUAAAAAAGACAAGAUGGCGGCGCUUCGGGUGGUCGUGCUAUCAGGGACUGGACGAGCCCUUUUAUGCAUGCCCAAAACGAUCAAGGCCCCUCGGGCCAGCAUGUCGUUUGCCAGUCUACCCAGGUCGAAGAAAGUUGCCCUGACAGCAUUUGGUGUGUUGACGACUGGUGCGACCGGGCUAGCUCUUAUGCUGCAGCAGUCCGUUAAGGCCUCCGACCUGGAGCUCCACCCCCCAAACUUCCCCUGGACCCACAAUGGCAUGCUAUCAUCCCUCGACCACAGCAGCAUCCGCCGUGGUUAUCAGGUUUACAAGCAAGUGUGCGCGGCAUGUCACAGUAUGGAGUACCUUGCAUUCCGUAAUUUGGUCGGCGUGUCACACACAGAGUCUGAAGUGAAAGCUUUGGCAGAGGAGAUCGAGGUGGUGGAUGGCCCAGACGAGUCAGGGGAGAUGUUUACUCGUCCAGGAAAGCUCUCCGACUACUUCCCCAAGCCAUACCCCAACCCAGAGGCAGCCCGUGCAGCCAAUGGCGGAGCUUUACCCCCAGACCUCAGCUACAUUGUCAAUGCCAGACAUGGAGGUGAAGACUAUGUGUUCUCCCUGCUGACUGGCUACUGUGAGCCCCCUGCAGGAGUGGAGGUGAGAGAGGGCCUCUACUACAACCCAUACUUCCCUGGCCAGUCCAUUGGUAUGGCUCCCCCGAUCUACAAUGAAGUUCUGGAGUUCGAGGACGGAACCCCAGCCACCAUGAGCCAGGUGGCCAAGGAUGUGUGCACCUUUCUCCGGUGGGCAGCGGAGCCUGAGCAUGACCAGCGCAAACGCAUGGGCCUAAAGCUGCUCAUGGGUUCCGCCAUCUUGAUUCCCCUGGUCUACUACAUGAAGAGGCACCGGUGGUCGGUGCUCAAGAGCAGGAAGAUUGCCUACCGGCCCCCUAAGUGAAAACAUGGGCCGUUGCUUUCUACCUGGUUAUGUGGCUGGUCGGCUCAAACGUGGACCCUUCUGAUUUGUGAUUGUCCCAUCUUUUAAAAACCGCACAUGCAUUUAAGAUUUGGUUGCCCUAAUUUACUUGCUGGUUAUCCUCUCAAAAUGAGUUCUUCUCUUCCAAUGGAGUUGAAUGUAAACAAAAACCGAACUGUUUUAUUGUAUAAAAUAAAUUAUCAAAAACAAAUGUCCAGGUUGUGGUUUAGUGGUGGUUAACUUUGAUGGGGUUCACCACAGGAGUCAUCGUACAUUCUUGCAACCUUCUUGUGCUUUUGUGAGUUUGUCAAUGUCAUAGGUUCUCUACACUUUGUUGUGUAAAUAUUUAAUAAACACUGGUGUAUUGAAUAAACCAUGCUA